AUGGAGAAGUCGUGCUCUUUGAGGUUUUGCGAGCUGCCCUCGGCAGGCGGAGGUGACCGGCGAUUCUUCGCCCGGUGGCGUUCGGCAAAGCCCUGGUCUCCACCCGCGCGCUUACGCGCGUGGAUAGAUGCAGAGACCCGGCGGCCCUGGCCCUCUGCGGAGUUUGCUGGGCUGUGCGAGAGCUGGAAGGACGCCGUGGAGGCAGAGCUGUCAGCAACCGGGAGGCCGUUUGUACUUGGCCGCGGCCAGGCGGACUCCAGCUCCCGUGACAGACAGGGGCGGGGGCAGGGGGGCCGCCUGUCCCGGGGCUCCGCACGGGGGCAUCUCCCAUUCUCCUGCCUUCGGGCUCCGCUCUGGACCCGGCAGCGGACGCAAGUCGGGGUGCUGCGCGGCCCGGGAGUUGCCAGACCCGGGCGCGACGGCUCCCGUGAGGAGUGGGGCGGGAGGUGGCCGAGGGCUGGGCGCGCCCCUCGCGCCGGGAGCGUUAUGAGCCGGGCAAAGGGCCGCUGCAGCAGCUCCAGCCUCAGCCUCGGCCGGCGCCUUCCGCCGGCCCUUGCUCGCCCGCCCCCGCGCACCAUGCCGACCCCCGGCCUGUGGAGCCCGCCGCGCAGCCCCUUCCUCCUCUCUGGCCCCCGCUAA